AUGCAUAGUCGACAACCCCUGUCCGGCCAUGUACACGCAGACGGAGCCCUGUCCGGCCAUCUACACGCAAACAGAGCCCUGAUCAGUCAUUUACACCCAAACGGAGCCCUGACCAGUAAUGUACACGCAAUAGGGGCCCUGACCAGUCAUGUACACCCAAACGGAGCCCUGGCCAGUCAUGUACACGUAAACGGGGCCCUGACCAGUCAUAUACACACAAACGGGGCCCUGACCAGUCAUAUACACACAAACGGGGCCCUGACCAGUCAUGUACACACAAACGGGGCCCUAACCAGUCAUGUACACGUAAACGGAGCACUGAUCAGUCAUUUACACCCAAACGGAGCCCUGACCAGUCAUAUACACACAAACGGAGCCCUGGCCAGUCAUGUACACGCAAACGGAGCCCUGGCCAGUCAUGUAUACGCAAACGGAGCCCAGACCAGUCAUUUACACCCAAACGGAGCCCAGACCAGUCAUGUACACCCAAACGGAGCCCUGGCCAGUCAUGUACACGCAAACGGAGCACUGACCAGUAAUUUACACCCAAAUGGAGCCCUGACCAGUCAUAUACACACAAACGGGGCCCUGACCAGUCAUGUACACGCAAACGGAGCCCUGACCAGUCAUGUACACGCAAACGGAGCCCUGACCAGUCAUAUACACACAAACGGGGCCCUGACCAGUCAUGUACACCCAAAUGGAGCACUGACCAGUCAUUUACACCCAAACGGAGCCCUGACCAGUCAUUUACACCCAAACGGAGCCCUGACCAGUCAUUUACACCCAAACGGAGCCCUGGCCAGUCAUUUACACCCAAACAGAGCCCUGAUCAGUCAUUUACACCCAAACGGAGCCCUGACCAGUAAUGUACACGCAAUAAGGGCCCUGACCAGUCAUGUACACCCAAACGGAGCCCUGGCCAGUCAUGUACACGUAAACGGGGCCCUGACCAGUCAUAUACACACAAACGGGGCCCUGACCAGUCAUAUACACACAAACGGGGCCCUGACCAGUCAUGUACACGCAAACGGAGCCCUGGCCAGUCAUGUAUACGCAAACGGAGCCCAGACCAGUCAUUUACACCCAAACGGAGCCCAGACCAGUCAUGUACACCCAAACGGAGCCCUGGCCAGUCAUGUACACGCAGACGGAGCACUGACCAGUAAUUUACACCCAAAUGGAGCCCUGACCAGUCAUAUACACACAAACGGGGCCCUGACCAGUCAUAUACACGCAAACGGAGCCCUGACCAGUCAUGUACACGCAAACGGGGCCCUGUCUGGCCAUGUACACGCAAACGGAGCCCUGACCAGUCAUGUACACGCAAACGGAGCCCUGACCAGUCAUGUACACGCAAACGGGGCCCUGACCAGUCAUGUACACGCAAACGGAGCCCUGACCAGUCAUAUACACACAAACGGGGCCCUGACCAGUCAUGUACACCCAAAUGGAGCACUGACCAGUCAUGUACACGCAAACGGGGCCCUGGCCAGUCAUGUACACGCAAACGGAGCCCUGGCCAGUCAUGUAUACGCAAACGGAGCCCAGACCAGUCAUUUACACCCAAACGGAGCCCAGACCAGUCAUGUACACCCAAACGGAGCCCUGGCCAGUCAUGUACACGCAAACGGAGCACUGACCAGUAAUUUACACCCAAAUGGAGCCCUGACCAGUCAUAUACACACAAACGGGGCCCUGACCAGUCAUGUACACGCAAACGGAGCCCUGACCAGUCAUGUACACGCAAACGGGGCCCUGUCUGGCCAUGUACACGCAAACGGAGCCCUGACCAGUCAUGUACACGCAAACGGAGCCCUGACCAGUCAUGUACACGCAAACGGGGCCCUGACCAGUCAUGUACACGCAAACGGAGCCCUGACCAGUCAUAUACACACAAACGGGGCCCUGACCAGUCAUGUACACCCAAAUGGAGCACUGACCAGUCAUUUACACCCAAACGGAGCCCUGACCAGUCAUUUACACCCAAACGGAGCCCUGACCAGUCAUUUACACCCAAACGGAGCCCUGGCCAGUCAUUUACACCCAAACAGAGCCCUGAUCAGUCAUUUACACCCAAACGGAGCCCUGACCAGUAAUGUACACGCAAUAAGGGCCCUGACCAGUCAUGUACACCCAAACGGAGCCCUGGCCAGUCAUGUACACGUAAACGGGGCCCUGACCAGUCAUAUACACACAAACGGGGCCCUGACCAGUCAUAUACACACAAACGGGGCCCUGGCCAGUCAUGUACACGCAAACGGAGCCCUGGCCAGUCAUGUAUACGCAAACGGAGCCCAGACCAGUCAUUUACACCCAAACGGAGCCCAGACCAGUCAUGUACACCCAAACGGAGCCCUGGCCAGUCAUGUACACGCAGACGGAGCACUGACCAGUAAUUUACACCCAAAUGGAGCCCUGACCAGUCAUAUACACACAAACGGGGCCCUGACCAGUCAUAUACACGCAAACGGAGCCCUGACCAGUCAUGUACACGCAAACGGGGCCCUGUCUGGCCAUGUACACGCAAACGGAGCCCUGACCAGUCAUGUACACGCAAACGGAGCCCUGACCAGUCAUGUACACGCAAACGGGGCCCUGACCAGUCAUGUACACGCAAACGGAGCCCUGACCAGUCAUAUACACACAAACGGGGCCCUGACCAGUCAUGUACACCCAAAUGGAGCACUGACCAGUCAUGUACACGCAAACGGGGCCCUGACCAGUCAUGUACACGCAAACGGAGCACUGACCAGUCAUGUACACGCAAACGGGGCCCUGACCAGUCAUGUACACGCAAACGGAGCCCUGACCAGUCAUGUAUACGCAAACGGGGCCCUGACCAGUCAUUUACACGCAAACGGAGCCCUGACCAGUCAUGUACACGCAAACGGGGCCCUGACCAGUCAUGUACACGCAAACGGGGCCCUGACCAGUCAUUUACACGCAAACGGAGCCCUGGCCAGGCAUGUACACGAAAACGGAGCCCUGGCCGGCUAUGUACACCCAAACGGAGCCCUGACCAGUCAUUUACACCCAAACGGAGCCCUGACCAGUCAUGUACACGCAAACGGAGCCCUGACCAGUCAUUUACACGCAAACGGAGUCCUGUCCGGCUAUGUACACCCAAACGGAGCCCUGAUCGGCCAUGUUCACGCAAAUGGAGCUCUGUCCUAUCAAAAACAACCUAGUACAGAUCGUUAG